UGAACAUUCCAUAAAAAUUAAACAUGGAAGAGUUGGAAAAUUAGCCAAAGAUUCAUUCUCUCAGUCCAAAUCGGCACAUCUGAAAGCAAUAGAGCAGCACAUUGGUUGACCUCGGUAUUCUCUCAUUUCUUGGCUAUCCAUGGCUUGCUCUCAGUUUCUUUGCAGUAACUACUCCUCUACUUCUCAAAAUUCGUUCAGAAGAAACCAUCAACGUCAAUUCGGAUAUGGGUCGUGCAAUUUUGCCUCAAAGAUUCAAUUUCAAAGAGCCCCGCUCGUUAGAUUUAAACUUAAAGCUAUGGUUUCUGAUUCUAACGCCUCCAGGAGACGAGUAGAGAUUGUGUAUGAUCCUGAUGAAAGGGUGAACAGUCUGGCUGAUGAAGUGGACAAGAAUGCUCCCCUUUCAAGGCUUACUUUGUUCUCUCCUUGCAAGAUAAAUGUUUUCUUGAGGAUUACCAGCAAGAGGGUAGAUGGAUAUCAUGAUUUGGCGUCUCUAUUCCAUGUUAUAAGUCUUGGUGAUACAAUCAAGUUCUCUUUGUCACCAUCAACAACAAAGGACCGUUUGUCCACCAAUGUGUCUGGGGUGCCCAUUGAUGAUAGUAAUUUGAUUAUUAAGGCGCUUAAUCUUUACAGGAAGAAGACUGGCAGUGAAAAGUUUUUUUGGAUUCAUCUUGAUAAACGAGUGCCUAGUGGGGCAGGGCUAGGUGGUGGAAGUAGCAAUGCUGCAACUGCAUUGUGGGCAGCAAAUCAAUUCAGUGGUUGUCUUGCUACAGAGAAAGAACUUCAAGAAUGGUCAAGUGAGAUUGGAUCAGAUGUCCCUUUCUUUUUCUCUCAGGGAGCAGCCUAUUGCACUGGUCGAGGUGAGGUUGUUCAAGAUAUUCCUCCUCCAAUACCUUUGGAUAUGCCGAUGGUUCUCAUAAAACCACAAGAGGCAUGUUCAACAGCAGAAGUUUACAAGCGUCUAAAAUUGGACCGGGCUAGUAAUGUUGAUCCUUUGGCACUGCUGGAAAAGAUAUCAAGGAAUGGAAUAUCGCAAGAUGUUUGUAUCAACGAUCUGGAACCCCCAGCAUUUGAAGUUCUCCCGUCUCUUAAAAGACUGAAGCAGCGAAUUAUUGCAGCUGGUCGUGGAGAAUAUGAUGCUGUUUUAAUGUCCGGAAGUGGAAGCACUAUUGUUGGCAUUGGUUCGCCAGAUCCUCCACAAUUUGUCUAUGACGAUGAUACAUACAAAGAUGUUUUCUUGUCAGAUGCCUACUUUCUCACUAGAGAGGCUAACCAGUGGUACAGAGAACCUACCUCAAGUCCUACCCCUCCAUCCUAUUCUUCUCAGACUGCUUAGUUCGUUUUUUUUCCCCCAUUUCCAUAGGCUCUUCAUGGUUAUACAGUAUCUGCAUAUUUGUAAGGAUGUAAUGAUGUGAAACUUAGCUCUGCUGCCUUUUCUGCUUUAAUUGCUGCGACUUGAAAACGAUACGGCUCGUGCCAAAAUGCAAGGAUCUGGAUCCUCUGCUGCUUUGCUUCGGUGCUGCUGUAAUUAUUAAUUUCUUAAUUUCAUGAGAAAAGUACACAAGUACGCUGGCCUUUUUCUACAGCAGCAGCAGAUGAUCCGGAUCCCAAAUGCAAACACUUGGAAGUUGGAAGAGACAAAGGCUGGCACUAUUAUGCAUCAAUACCAUGGCCCGCGAAGAAAGUGAGAAGUAAAUUCUAUAAACUUGUCUGGGUCCGAUAUGCUCAAGGACCCUUCCAAUCUCAAGUGGAAAAAUGGUGCUUAUAAUUGUGACUUGGUUAAUAGUCCGGUUUCUGAAUUUUAACUUUUUAUGAC